CAUGCGGCGUCUGAUGCGGACUGCUGUGCCAUAGGUGUGCAGCGCAACGUUGUCCACUUUUAGUUUAUCAGACGCUCAAAGCCAGAGCGCUAAUAGGUUAGUAUGACAGCAGAGAGCAGCCGAUAAUGAAAGUAAAUCGACCACUUCCUGGUCUUAGAGAAGCAACACCGUGUCACUGGAUAGAAAUCGCACAGAAGUGGAGGCAUGACUACAUGGACACAAUACCCUCAGGCCUACGGGAAAACGGGCUCCGCCCGCCACCGGGAGCGCACGGACGAACCGGGGGACAAGAGGUCAAGCGGGGAUAACCCCAUCAAGCGUGUGAGUGAUGACAGACCAUUCAGAAGAGUCAGAAGCCCCUCGCGGUUAACUCGCCCAUACAGGCCCAGGUUCGGAGGCAGAUUCUACAGGCCUCGAUAUUUCCCAGCGAGGGACAGAGGGUUCUUCCGGCGGCCCAGUUUCAGCAUCGGAUUUCACCGGCAUCAGGGUGACCACGGUCCCAGGGGCCCUCUGCCGCGCCGCAAACCCUCGCCUUCGCCCACCCAACGGCCCGAGUCAGUCCCCUGCCCAUCGCCCUCUUCGACCGAGCAGACCAAAGGAACCCCCCGAUCUGCUUCUACAGACUCAGGCAGAGAGGAGAAGCAGCGCUCCUUGUCAUUCACGGUGUCGCAGAAAGACGAACCCCCUCAGGCCAGAGAGGAGACGUCCGCUGUAUCCAGAGCGGCCGCCAGAAGCAGAGCCAUCCAGAGGAAGAGACAGGAGAUCGAGGAGGUGUACCGGCAAGACUGUGACACGUUCGGCGUGGUGGUGAAGAUGCUGAUCGCCAAGGACCCGUCGCUGGAGCGGCCCAUCCAGACCUCUCUGCAGGACAACCUGCGGGAGAUCGGCCUGCGCUGCGUGGAGGCCAUGCAGGAGUUCAUCGAGGACUACGACGUCCGCCAGCAGUCGUCCUCACCGCCGCCUCCAGAGGAGGGGUCACCGCUCCAGUGACCCCCCCAGCAAGGGACCAGGGGGGGGACCCUCAACCAUCCUGACAUACGAGCCUCUCAGCACAACGAGCCCUCUCAGCUACACUCUUGAAGGAGGUUGCUUGUGUGUUUUUAUGAGUUUGUGAAUGUGUGUGUGUGUGUGUGUGUGUGUGUGUGUGUGUGUGUGUGUGUGUGCGUUCAUAUGACUGUGUCUGUGUCUGCUGUCAUGAACCAUUUUUAAAGACCGACUGCCUUAGAACAUUGCCCUCUCUUUGAGGGCAGGAGCAUGUUAGCCCUCAAAACCAACACAUAAUGCACAAACUCUUUACAUAGUUGUACUGUACAACCAGUCCCACCUGAGUAUAAAAUAGGGCUUCAGCAAUGGAUUCAUUGAUCAGUUGUUGACUUGUACAUGAAUCACCAACUCCUUUGGUAAUAAUUUAAUUUUCACCAACUAUUUUGGUAAACGGUUAAUUUAUGACAAAAUACUCUUGAUUACCACUUGUUAAGUUUCAAUAUUUUCAGCUUUAAUUUACUCCUCUAUAGCAGUAAACAAAAUGUCGUUGGCGUGUGUGGAUUAAACAAGGCAUUUGAGGAGAUAUUAAUGGGCUAAUUGAUUAAUAGGGAAAAUAAUCUCUAGAGAUUAAUCACUAUGAAGAUAAUUGUUAUUUGAAGCCCUAGUAUGCAACUAGCUGGUUUAAGCUGUUUCUGCAGUAUACACUGAUUGACCAACAUACACACAGCUACCUUAGUACUCAUGGCAUUUUGUUUUAUAAACAAUGUCUGCCACUUCUACUACAUGAAGGGUGUGCAAUAAACACUGUAGCUCCGAGAUGACUUUAGAGGUGUUUGAUGUUAGCUAGCUCUACUCUGGGUGCUAUAACUAUCUGCCGAAGGGUUCUUUUGACCAAAGAUCGGACAUUGUUUUGUUUUAAUGUCCGAACAUUUUAUAUUAUAUUUGUGUGUGUGUGUAUGUGUGCAUGUGUGUGUGUCUGUGUGUCUCUGUCUCUCUCUCUCUCUCUCUCUCUCUCUCUCUCUCUCUGUGUCCCUGUCUCUCUCUCUCUCUCUGUAUGUGUGUCUCCUUCUCUAUCUCUCUCUCUCUCUAUCUCUCUCUCUCUCUCGGUGUAUGAGUGUGAGUAAGUGAGUAAGCUAUAGUUAUAGGUCCUCUGAUGAUUCAGAGUUUACAGGUUGACUGAUGCCUUUUAUCUUUAUAAGAGGGAAAUGUUCUCAACUUGACAUUGCCAGGGAAGUGAAGAAAUCAUCUUUAGACAUCUUUGUUUUUGCUUUGUUUUUUUUCCUUUAUACUUAUAUGGAUGGGAAAGAGACACUCUUCUUUCCAUAAAAGCAAUUUUUUGAAAAAAAAAAAAAAUCUUGUCAUCAACACAAUUGCUACCAUUCGUAUAUUUCUUGAAUGAAUGCUGUUCUGUGAAAAUAAAGUGAUUUUUUAAAAUG